CCGCGAUGGCGCCCCUGGGAUCAUGCUGUCUGGGGCGGCGCGCCCCACCGCCCCUAUCUUCCUACGCUACUGGCCUGACCUAACCUUGAUGGUUGUGGGUCUCGCUGAGGCCCUGAAUGUUCCCAUAGAUGUGCUGUCCAAUUAGGGUUAUACAGGGCAUAUGCAUUCCUAUGGCCAGAGUCACCUGAAUACAAUAAACUUUUUAAACAUUUCAACCUGCAUGGCAUAGAUCAGUUGCUGACUGACACCUGCCACCCAAUAAAACCCUCAAGAUAAUAAUAAUAAUAAUAAUAAUAAUAAUAAUAAUAAUAAUAAUAAUAAUAAUAAAUUUCUAUUUAUACCCCGCCCUUCCCGGUUCAGAAACCUGGGCUCAGGGCAGCUAACAACAAAUUUAAAACACUUAAUUGUAAUACAACAUAAAAGCAGCAUAAAAUACAGUAUAAAAGCAUGAAUAACAAUAAAGUUCAGAGUUCAAAAAUCAAUUUGGGGAAAAUCCAUCCAAUAAACAUUAGAUAGUCACCAGGGCUAGCUGACUAAAUUAGUCCUACUUGGGCCAGUGAGGAGGCCAGGGGAGAAUUAGCUGUGGGGUCCCAGAGUGGGUAAUCAUAAAAAGGGGAGGGGAAGAGAGAAGGGAGAUAAAAUAUCUGGCUGAGUUCAUAUUAAAGGCCAGGCAGAAUAGCUCUGUCUUACAGGCCUAGCGGAAGGUUAAGUCCUGUAGACCCCUAGUCUCAUGGGACAGAGCAUUCCACCAGGUCGGAGCGAACACUGAAAAGGCCCUGGCCCUGGUGGAUAAUAGUCUGACUUCCUUAGAUAAGGGCCCCUGGCCCUUUCUAUAAUAUGCAGCCUUUCCUGUGCUCUGAAGACACUGUCUUAAAGGCCUUUGCAAAGACCUAGUGAGCCUUGAGGUAUCAGGAAGAAACCCAACAGAUUCAGGGAAGCCUUGUGUUGCACACUGGCACUAGAAUCUAGCAAUGUCCUUUGUAUACACCUGGGAUGUAUAUACUGUAUAUAUUUUCCCUAAGGGCUGAGCAAAAGGUCAUCUGGCAUGGUUUCUAACCAUCUACCAAGGGUGUUUAUUUCUUUGCAUGGAAGCUAAUACUCUAACAUUGUGCUACCCCUUCACUUCAUUGCCAGCUGGAAAUGGGUGAGAACAGUACUCUACUUUUUUGGUGUCCAUGGAGUGUGAUUACUGUAACCUGACCUUGCAAACUUUUAGAAUUAAGCCAGUCAGCUAGGGAAUCUGAACCCCGGGAGCAAAAAAUAGUCCUUCACACCUUCCUUCCUGCCCCUUAGGAUUCUGUCCUGCACCAGGCCAUCACCCAUAUGCCACACUGACCUUGAAUUAUUUGGCCUGACUAAAAUAUGUUAUUGAACUGUGAUGAUGUCUUCUGUUUACCAGGUUGGAGAGAUGUGUGUUGUAGAAACUACUGACUUUGCGUGGCUUGAGCUUUGCCUACACCUCAGCAAUGCAGGUCACAUGGUCACAUGCAUCACUCUGCCCACUUUUGCAUCUGGACCCACCCAGCACUGCCAUACAGUGCCUGAACAGUUGCCCAUGAAUGUGCAUCUCUAGACUGGAAUCUAGAUAACUAUAAUUCACAAAAUAAUAUGCCACUGAAAAUUCUGAUAUGACAGACAGCCGAGACCAGUUUCCGCUCCAUGUUCUAAAUUCUUUCCUUUGCAUAGAUUUCACAAAGAAUAGGGUUGUUAGUUCAGAAUAUAUAUAGCUUUUGUAUAUUUUAAUUGCUGUAAAACACAAUUGGAUUUUUUUAUUCAAAAAGGCAUCUAAUAAAUUUAAUAAACUAAACUAAGCUACUAACAAGGAGAAGGAGCCAGAAACAAAGAACUCAAUUUGAUUUGUAGGACAGAGCAGGAAAUAAGGUAGACAAAUAUGCUGAUGCCCUCUAUGAUAUCAUGAAAAAUGCUCUGCGGGGAUCAAAGGGCAGGAGGCUUUUUUAUUUUUGAAGUCGUGAUGCUGUGGGCUUGGAGUUGGCUCUGAUUGGACAGACUGAUGCCUGUCUUCGGAAAUCAGAGUAAUCCUAGCUGAUUUUAUCCCACUCCAGUUCCCUAAAUCUGCUGCUGUUGCUGCUCUACGAGGGGAUUAAAGGGCCGGCAGUGGAUUACGUAGAUACUGCUGCUUCUGCUGUUUCCAGAGUUCCCCUCCUAGUCUGUCAUUCCUGCAGGGCACAGAAGUUGGAUGUCCAUUAUUGCCCUUCACAGCCAUGGGGUGGUGGAUCUCUUUGAGUCGCCCCAUCUGACUUGAACCUAGCAGAUUCAAGUGCCAGUUCCUUCAGGGAGCUGUAGCCUGUUUGGAGAGGGGUGGGGAAGAGAAGCGAUGCCACAACACAAUUACGAUAGGAUGAAGGCUUAGGUGUUCCCCGUUUUUCGCUCUCCCACCCUUACCCCAGCAGAACACCAUGCUGGGGACUGCCUACCUGAUGCCAGGAGGACCAUCCUAAGGGAAGGAAACAAAGUCAAGGAUCCCUGGUCUAUGCAAUUGAUCUUGCUGCUGAUAGUUUUGGUGUGGAGGAUGCUGCCAGGUGGCCUCCUGUGGCUUUUUCUCUCACUCGCCUGCCUCCUGCCCUUCACCAGGUCCCAGACAAAGAUACCACUCGAAACAGUGAAGUCCUGGUCUGAUGCCUUUGGUGGGGACUUAUAUUACAUAGUCACAAAGUAUUCUGGCUCUCUUUUAUUACAAAAGAAGUAUAAAGAUGUGGAACCAACUCUGAAGAUCAAAGUGGUGGAUGGCUUGGAGCUGGUGAAGAAGUUCUCAGAAGAGAUGGAAAGCAUGUUGGGGAGAAAAGUAGAAGCUGUUGAGCGUUUGGUUGAGGCAGCAGAAGAUGCAGAUUUGUAUCAUGAGUUCAAUUCCUCAUUGGAGAUUAAUUAUUACAAUGCUGUUCUCAUUAACGAAAAGGAUGAUAAAGAUAAUUAUGUGGAGCUUGGUGAUGAAUUCAUUCUGGAACCAAAUGAGCAUUUCAAUAACCUUCUGGUGAACACAACAUUAAGUGACAUACAGCUUCCAACUAAUGUUUACAACAAAGACCCUGAUAUUUUGAAUGGGGUUUAUAUGUCUGAAGCACUGAAUUCUGUUUUUGUGGACAAUUUUGAAAGAGAUCCAACUCUCACCUGGCAAUACUUUGGUAGCUCUACAGGAUUCUUCAGACUCUAUCCAGGAAUAAAAUGGACACCAGAUGAAAAUGGGGUCCUCUCCUUUGACUGCCGAAAUCGAGGCUGGUACAUCCAGGCUGCUACAUCACCCAAAGAUAUUGUCAUUGUGGUGGACAUCAGUGGGAGCAUGAAGGGUUUGCUCCUGUCUAUUGCCAAACACACCAUUGUCACAAUUUUGGACACGCUGGGAGAGAAUGACUUUGUUAAUAUUAUUGCCUACAAUGAUUAUGUUCAUUAUGUUGAAUCCUGUUUCAAGGGGAUCCUGGUUCAAGCAGACAGAGAUAACAGAGAGCACUUCAAGCAGCUGGUGGAUGAGUUGCAAGCAAAAGGAGUUGGGACAGUUAAUAAAGCCCUGACAGAAUCCUUCAGAAUCCUGAGGGAGUUCAGAAAUGCUGGUCAAGGAGGUCUUUGUAACCAAGCCAUCAUGCUGAUCACUGAUGGAGCUAUGGAAGAUUACGAAUAUGUCUUUGAAAAGUUCAACUGGCCCGAUCGUAAGGUACGGGUUUUUACAUAUCUUAUCGGGAGGGAAGUCAGCUUUGCACAGAAUGUGAAAUGGAUAGCGUGUAACAACAAAGGGUACUACACACAGAUAUCAACUUUGGCUGAUGUCCAGGAGAAUGUAAUGGAAUACUUGCAUGUACUCAGUCGACCAAUGGUUAUCAACCACGAUCAUGACAUCAUAUGGACUGAAGCCUACAUGGACAGUGCGCUCUUUGCAUCUCAAGCCCAAAGCCUCUUGCUUAUGACAACGGUGGCUAUGCCAGUUUUCAGCAAGAAGAAUGAAACGAGAUCUCAUGGCAUUCUCCUGGGUGUGGUAGGCUCAGAUGUUCCUUUGAGAGAACUCCUUAAGCUGGCUCCACGAUACAAGCUGGGUGUCCAUGGAUACGCCUUUCUGAACACGAACAAUGGCUACAUUUUGUCUCACCCGGACCUCCGGCCAUUGUAUAAAGAAGGGAAAAAGCUAAAGCCCAAACCAAACUACAACAGUGUUGAUCUUUCUGAGGUGGAAUGGGAAGACGUGGAUGAAACUCUGCGAACAGCAAUGAUCAAUGGGGAAACAGGUGACCUCUCAAUGGAUGUGAAGGUGCCUGUAGAUAAAGGGAAACGAGUUCUCUUCCUCACUAAUGACUAUUUCUUUACUGAUAUCAGCGGCACACCCUUUAGUCUGGGAGUCGUUCUAUCGCGAGGGCACGGUGAAUACAUCCUGCUUGGGGACACUUCAGUGGAAGAAGGUUUACAUGAUCUGCUGCAGCCAGACUUGACUUUAGCCAAUGAAUGGAUUUAUUGCAUUACAGAUAUUGAUCCAGAUCACAGGAAGCUGAGUCAAUUAGAGGCCGUGAUCCGUUUCCUCACAGGAGAAGAAGCUGACCUGGAAUGCGAUGAAGAAUUAGUUCAAGAGGUGCUGUUUGAUGCUGUAGUAACAGCACCCAUGGAAGCCUAUUGGACAACAUUAGCACUCAACCUGUCUGAUGAGGCUGAAGGAGGGGUGGAUAUGGCCUUUAUGGGAACUCGGGCUGGUCUUAUGAGGAGUGCCCUCUAUGUUGGAACUGAGAAACUUUCUAACAGGAAGUUCUUGACCCGUGAAGAUAAGGAGAGCAUCUUCACCAUGGACCACUUCCCACUUUGGUACCGGCGAGCAGCUGAACAUCCCCCAGGAAGCUUCAUUUAUAGCAUUCCUUUUGAAGACCCUUCAGAAGGAGGUCUGCCUGAGGCGGUAACUGUGAGCACUUCUGUGGCUGUGACUGUAGGUGGGAAGACAGCAAUCGCUGCAGCUGUGGGUGUGCAAAUUAAACUAGAAUUUCUUCAGCGCAAGUUUUGGAUGGCUACACAGCAGCCCAAUGACACUGAUUGCAGUGAUGUGGAUGGUCUGUGUCCCUUGAACUGUCAAGAUGACAAUCUGAACUGCUUUCUCAUUGAUAAUAAUGGAUUCAUACUCAUUUCCAAAGCCUCCAAACAGACCAACAAAUUUUUGGGAGAAGUGGAUGGCUCUGUUAUGGCCCAGCUCAUAAACAUGGGAAUGUUCAAACAGGUGAAAAUGUACGACUACCAAGCCAUGUGUAAAAUGCCCCACCACCACCAUAGUGGUGCGCGCCCUCUUCUCAGUCCAGUUUAUGCCUUAUUAGGAGCAGUAAAGUGGCUGAUAACUGACUUCCUCAUAUUCUUUCUGGAGUUCAACCUAUCUGGCUUCUGGCACACAGACAAUUUGGCAGAUGCCAAGUCUGUUUUCCACCACGCUCACAAGCACAAGAAGCACGACAUGCUACAACCAUGUGACACAGAAUACCCAGUGUUUGUAUAUGAACCUGCCAUCAAAGAGACCAAUGGGAUUAUUGAAUGCGGAGACUGUCAGAAGAUGUUUGUGGUGCAGCAAAUUACCAACAGCAAUCUCCUGCUCCUGGUUGUAGAUGCUGUAUGUGACUGCAGCAGCUUUCCACCUGUCCUACUGCAACCUAAAGAAGUCAAAUAUAACGCGUCAGUGAAAUGUGACAGGAUGCGCUCCCAGAAGCUGAGGCGGCGACCAGAUACCUGCCAUGCAUUCCAUCCCGAGGAAAAUGCCCAGGACUGUGGAGGAGCGGCUGAGAUUUCUGCCUCAUUAGCCCUGCUCUUCCUUCCUCUGGGAACCACAGCACUUCUCUUGCGGUGACAAGGCCCAUCAAAGUCCUUAUUUUGGACCAGAAAGGCAAAUGCUCUAUUUUGAGGACCAUGCUACUUGGGCAUUUAAGACAACUGCUGCAUGCCAGAGCAUGUGGACAAUGCCACAGAGGCUCAGGAACUUCUUCGGCUCCAUCCUCCCAAGGAACUUGCUAGCUGUGUUGUGUUUGGAAGUGGGGCUUCCUUUCUUCAAGGAGCUUGCAACUGAGGGUGGGGCACCUAUGGCUAUGAACCAAACAGGCUCACCAAGCUGUGUGAUCUCACAGCUCACCCUCCCUGCCUUAGCAGUAUGGAAAAGUUUACACUGGUGAGGGAAAGGCCUGGAACAGUAGAUGGCAUUUGCCGAAUGGAUGGACUUAACCUAUAACUUACCCUAGCUGCAAAAUGGAAACAGUCAGUACUAUCUGCUAAAGAGAAGCAUCUCAUAAUCACCUUUCUUUUAACUUAACAGACACCUGGGCAGUUCUGCAGGAGAGGCAGGAAUGUCACCUUCUUAGAGAACAUAAUGAUCAUCAACAGAGAUUCUUUUCUAUUGUUGUCAAGGAACUGGAGAACAAUAUUGCCAAGCCAGGCUUUGGCAGGGAUUUCUGUAUCCAGCAAUGAGUUCUUGCAACUCUGCCUACUGCAGACAUAAGCUCUUCUAAGGCUACACAGAGAGCUUUCCUCUAAAAUAGCUGAUUCAGACAAUGAUUAGAUUUAUCAGCUUGAUGUGAAAAUAGCUCCACGUGUUCUAUUUCAAGAGGCAUGAUGCAUUAUGGGGAGCGGUUGCAGGUUGAGAAUUUCAUCUGAAACCUUGGAUAGCUACUACCAGCCAGUGUAGACAGUACUGAGCUAAAAGGAAUAACGUUUCUACGGUAUGUUUCUGUGUUAUUAAGGCAAGCUUAAACUCUAGCCUUAGCAAUAUUCCUUCUGUCCAUACCUCUCAAGUUCCCUCAGCUUCACAACACUGGACAAUGAGUUUAGCCAUAAUUCCCUUGCAUAGGUUACAAAAUUACCAGUGUUAAACAUGGCAAGGCUAAGUGUGCACAUUAGCUUUGUUAGACACAAUUGUUAAAAGCAGACAUUUUUGGGAAGUCUACAGAUGCACAGGAAAUAAUAUGACUGUCACUUUGCAGUUCCUACUCUAUCCUGCAAUAUUAUUUUGCCAGACAUGCUGAUGGCUUCAUGGAUGCACCAGCUGUAUAAUACAAUCUUUAUUAGUUUUCAGGGAAGAAAGUAACCACUUGGAGAUGUGCUAAUACAAUGUGAAAUUUCUCUCAACUUUUGAAAGCCAUUUUGCCUUAUGUAUGCAUCUAUGGGCAAAAUUUUCACCACACCUGAAGUUUUUGUUUCUGGAUCCCAGUAGUUUAUGUGCCAGGCGUGAGCUGAUGGUUGGAUAGCCAAGACCUCAGAAAUGGAGAAAGCAAGCAUAGGAAGGAAGCCAUAUUACAGGACUGCUGGUAUGUAUUUCCUUGACACGACUAGCAUUUCAAUAAGCAAGUCCUACUCUCAAAUCCCCAAGAGAUUUGUGACAGUACAGAAGUUGUUGAACUUUUGCUUUUGUUUUUGUAAUAUGUGUUUGACAUUUGACCUCUUUUUAAAAUAUGACAUUUUCAUUAUAUUUUUGUUUCAUGUCUUUCUUGGUUGUCAUACACAAUAUGCCACAGGUCAUACUUGAAUUAUGCUGAAAAUGGACCCACACUUACAUUCACAAGUAAAUGUGCUUAGAUGUAUUUACAAUAUUUCAGUAUAGUGUAAGAGCUUCACAUUGUCAAGCAGACCUUGAUAUAUGUGCACAUGGUCUGUUGAGAAAAAAGUGCAAAAAAACCCCCACAAAACAUCUGGAAGGGGUAAUGAUUCUCUACUCUUGGUUCAAAAACAUGGAAGAACAGCUUUCACCAUUAAAUGUAACACAAACCAAUUUCUAUAUUUCCAGGCCUCAUUCCCAUCCAGUUCUUAUAUGAUCAUGAAUGAGACUAAAAAGACAACACCCAUCAAGCCUCCAUUGCAUUUGCUCUUUUUAUUAGAAGUUAAGAAUACAACAAGUAAUGAGAUCCCAUUGCCUGGAGACCCCAAUCUUCAAAGUCCAAGAUGUGCUUUGUCGCCUCCAACAGUAAGCAAUUUUUUAAAAAAUAAAAUACUGAACAAGGCCACUAGUUAAUGGGAAAAGAAAGCUGUAAUUCUGAACUAUACUAUACUGAAAACCUGCACACACAAAGAAAGCGAACCUCCGAUUGCUGAGAGUAAGGCAUUCAGGUGCCAACCUGGGAAGAAGUCUCAGCAAGCACCACGGAAAAGUGCACAGCUAAGCAGUUUUUCUUAUUGGGACACAAAAAAUGUCCUAAACAGAUACCAAAGGGGUAGAAGUGGAGGGUGUGUUUUUGUACAGGUUGUGUGCUGUAGGACCAGGUUGUAAGAAACCCUUUCUGGGAGUGAGCAUGGCAUCCCCAAACUUCGGCCCUCCAGAUGUUUUGGACUACAAUUCCCAUCAUCCCUGACCACUGGUCCUGUUAGCUUGGGAUCAUGGGAGUUGUAGGCCAAAGCAUCUGGAGGGCCGCAGUUUGGGGAUGCCUGAUCUAGAAUGGGGAGGUGCUAUUUCUGCUGCUAAUACAGAAGCAGCCAGUUACCACUACUCUCUCAAAAAAAGUGCUUUUCAAGAUAGGUAGAUCUGAGUCCGAUAUGUAUUAGCACUUUCCCCAUCAGACAAACCAUCCUUCUUCCAGAUGGCUACAUUUACCACUGGGAAGGUUAAAUCAUCACUGGCCUUCCUGUUCCAUUAAAGGGGUUCAAUUAAUACUGUUCUGUAUUUUAGUAUGGGAUUGAACAAUCAGAAGUGUUAGGGUGCCAUUCUGGCCUAUCUGCAUUCAGCCCAUCAGGAUCCUACCCAGGAUAUACACAUCUGAAGUUGCCUACAAGCACCCAUUAAGCACCUCUUGUAGGUCUAAACACUAAGGUUCUGUUUUGAGAGUGGGAGACAGAAAAGACAGAAAGACCAACCUCCUUCUAAUAAUCAAAAAAGCAGUUUAAAAUGUGACAAAUUCUAUCAGCCCCCAACACUUGUAGUUAAUUAUACUAUGGGGCAAAGGAACCGCCCCCACUGUGAGUAUUCAAAAACACAAAUUCUACACUGUGUCAAACAUUUCUCUCCAGCUCUUAACAUGCCUCACCUGCCUAGCAGGAGAAAACAGCAACUACACUUCUUGCCCGACUGAGUAUUCUGCUUAGUGAUAAUUUGCCCUUCUCAGAAUGUACGGCUACCCCACAAGCAGUUAAGCUAUCUGGGGAAGUGUUUAAAGAGGCAAGCUUCUCUUGGGUACCAAGCACUCUUUU